AUGGAACUUGCAAGAUAUGGAAUUGUGUAUACUCAGGAAGAAUUGGUUGAUAAGUUGUUUGACUCACUGCCUGAUGAGAAAGAUUGCGAAGAAGCAGCCAAGCAGCAAAUGGUGUUUUUGGCAUCCAUCUUAGAAUCAUAUGAGAGCCUUGUUGCUGGAAAGAACGGAAACACAAACCUCACCAAGGAAUAUUAUGAUCAAAUCGACCCCGAAGAGAUGGAGUUGAUUGACAUUAGAUGGUGUAUGGCGAGUGCGAGUGAGUUGUUACCGGAAGAAGAUUCAGUGGGUUAUGCUUUUAUUACAAAAAUUGUUCCUUUCAAAGAUACCCGAACAGAAGAAGUAAAAUAUGUCAACAGGAAGAUGACAACCCAAUGCAUGAAAGAUAAAAUCUAUCGAACAUGGAAAGAAGCAAAAAGCGCAAAAAGAUGGGAUGCUGAUCGAGAAUGUUAUUUGGAUUCUAAAGGAAACAUAGUUGUUGAAUCUUCAUCAGUCAGUGUUGAAACUCUCAUCGAACAAAUAGCAGAAGAGGAAGAAGCAAGACAGAGAAUGUGGUGGUCAAGUGAAGAAGAAGAGAAAGAAAAAGAGCUACAACCGAAAAAGGUCGAUGAUGGGAUAAUCGACACGACCAAAGAAUUUACAGCAGAAAAUCUGAAGAAAAUGGCUGAUAAAGUUCUUGCAGCGAAAGAGUUAGAGGUAGAUUCUGAGUCUGGAACUGAGUCUAAAAGCAAGGUCAGGUCUAAUGAUUCAACAAAUGAGUCAGGUAAGACUGAUAAAGCCAAAAUUGAGAGUGACUGCAAAAAUUGCAUGAAAGAUUGCAAGGAUUGUAGCACACAUGCUUACCUUAGUGGUAAAAAGACUGAAGAACUGACAAAAAGAGUCAAAGAAGUUGAAAACCAGAUUUUAAGUCGUGACAAGUUGGUAAAAGCUUCAAAUGAGCGCAUAAAAGAAUUAACUAAUAAACUUGAAAAUGAUAAAACUGACUUAGAACGAGUUAGGAAAGAAAACGAAAAGUUAAUUCAUGAAAACCGUCAACUUUCAGAAAAUCACGAGAAGCUAAAAGGAACGAUAAAAGAUUCUGAUGAAAGAAACGAUAAAACAACCAAAGAAAAUUUUCAACUGUCAGGAGUACUUCAGUCAAAAGAAAAGCAAAUCAACCAACAGUUGGAUGAGAUUGCAAAUCUCAAGCGUCAGUUUCAGGAAGCUAAGAUUGAAAAUGAACGCAUCAAUCUGAAACUCAAUAGUUACAAUCCGCAAGUUCCUCCUCCAGUAUUAAAUAAUUUUUCAAAGAAAAAGUCUGGGUUGGUUAAUGAUGAAGAAAUAAAUGAGGUUAAACUUCCAGACACGAUUGAUGUCAUAUUCACUUCAUCAUCCGAUGAAGACAGUGUUCAGUCCGAAAAGCCAAAAUCUGAAGAAAAGAAAGCAAGUUCUCCAAAACCAAAGGUGUCUGAGACUAAAAAAUCAUCCUCUUCAACAAAGAAGAUGUAUGUACCUUUGGAUUACUAUAAGAAACUUGAAAAACAAAAGUUUACUUCUGAAAAGAAGUAUGUGGUAAAGAAAGACCAAUCAUCUGGUCAACCCCCAAACAAGUAUUUCUUUCUAUACAAAGAGGUUGCGAUUGGAUCUGAAGAGAGCUUAAAGAUGAAUGACAAGAAUUUUCCGCCACUUUACAUUGCAAAAAAGGCUUGGGUGGCAUCAAAAUAUAACUAA